UCCGGGAGGCUCUUCCCAGCACUGGAGACCAGUAGGGAGAGUGUGACCUAGGGUGGGCAUUUUCUGGGAAGUCUGAGGCCUGGAGACUGCAGGAAAGAAGAUCGGCGGGGUUUCGGAGUCGAUCUAGUAGACAGCCCUUUCCCUGGGCGUGCCCUUGGGACCUGGGAGCCGCCUUCGAAGAGGACGCUGGCUUCUCCCAGGAAUUAGAGGCUUCCUCCCGCCCUCCCGCCUCCCGAGGCAGGAAUGCGAAGAAUCAGCUUUCAGCCGAGCAGCGGCUGCCGUUCCGGGGAGCUCCCGGUGCAGGCCUUUCCUGAGCUGUCGAAUUAACUGGUUCUGUCUGUCCAACUGGGAGAGCAGCUCUUGCUAAAAAUAGCGCCCUGUCCAGCGCGACCUGCGCUCGCCGGCAGCCCGGCCGCGACAGUCCCAGGAGCCCGGGGAGCCCCGCACCAGGAGUUUCCACCCCGGGGCCUGGCUCAGGUCCCACCCCCGAAGCCGAGGCCGAGGCCCCGGGGCACAGCGCUGUCCCUACAGGUGCGGCGGAGGGUGGCAGGCCCGCGGGCCGAGGAGCUGCCGAAGCCGUCCGGGAUGGGAGCCGGCGGCGCGGCCUCCCACUCGCUCGCCUGGGCCUCCCUGCCGCAGCUGGGGCCUCUCGCCGGCGCCCUCUGCGAGGACACGCUUUACAGCCGAGAGUCGCCCCAAGAAAGGCCGGGCUCCCGGCGCAGCCUGCCCGGCAGCCUCUCAGAGAAGAGCCCCAGCAUGGAGCCCUCGGCCGCUACGCCGUUCCGGGUCACGGGCUUCCUCAGCCGCCGCCUCAAGGGCUCCAUCAAGCGCACCAAGAGCCAGCCCAAGCUGGACCGCAACCACAGCUUCCGCCACAUCCUGCCGGGGUUCCGCAGCGCCGCCGCCGCCGCCGCCGCCUCCGCCGCGGACAAUGAGAGGUCUCAUCUGAUGCCCAGGCUGAAAGAGUCUCGCUCCCACGAGUCCCUGCUCAGCCCCAGCAGCGCAGUGGAGGCGCUGGACCUCAGCAUGGAGGAGGAGGUGGUCAUCAAGCCCGUGCACAGCAGCAUCCUGGGCCAGGACUAUUGCUUCGAGGUGACAACGUCCUCAGGAAGCAAGUGCUUCUCCUGCCGGUCAGCAGCCGAACGGGAUAAGUGGAUGGAGAACCUGCGGCGAGCCGUGCAUCCCAACAAGGACAACAGCCGGCGUGUGGAGCACAUUCUGAAGCUGUGGGUGAUCGAGGCCAAGGACCUGCCGGCCAAGAAGAAGUACCUGUGCGAGCUGUGCCUGGACGACGUGCUGUACGCACGCACCACGGGCAAGCUCAAGACCGACAACGUCUUCUGGGGCGAGCACUUCGAGUUCCACAACCUGCCGCCCCUGCGCACAGUCACCGUCCACCUGUACCGCGAGACCGACAAGAAGAAGAAGAAGGAGCGCAGCAGCUACCUGGGCUUGGUGAGCCUGCCCGCCGCCUCCGUGGCCGGCCGGCAGUUCGUGGAGAAGUGGUACCCGGUGGUGACGCCCAACCCCAAGGGCGGCAAGGGCCCCGGGCCCAUGAUCCGUAUCAAGGCGCGCUACCAGACCAUCACUAUCCUGCCCAUGGAGAUGUAUAAGGAGUUCGCCGAGCACAUCACCAAUCACUACCUGGGGCUCUGCGCUGCCCUCGAGCCCAUCCUCAGUGCCAAGACCAAGGAGGAGAUGGCGUCGGCCUUGGUGCACAUCCUGCAGAGCACGGGCAAGGUGAAGGACUUCCUGACCGACCUGAUGAUGUCGGAGGUGGACCGCUGUGGGGAAAACGAGCACCUCAUCUUCCGGGAGAACACGCUGGCCACCAAGGCCAUCGAGGAGUACCUCAAGCUGGUGGGCCAGAAGUACCUGCAGGACGCACUAGGAGAGUUCAUCAAAGCGCUGUACGAGUCGGACGAGAACUGUGAAGUGGACCCAAGCAAGUGCUCGGCCGCUGACCUCCCCGAGCACCAGGGCAACCUCAAGAUGUGCUGCGAGCUGGCCUUCUGCAAAAUCAUCAACUCCUACUGCGUCUUCCCCCGGGAGCUCAAGGAGGUGUUUGCCUCUUGGCGGCAAGAGUGCAGCAGCCGCGGCCGGCCGGACAUCAGCGAGCGACUCAUCAGUGCCUCUCUGUUCCUGCGCUUCCUCUGCCCGGCCAUCAUGUCCCCCUCACUCUUCAAUCUGCUGCAGGAGUACCCCGACGACCGCACCGCCCGCACACUCACCCUCAUCGCCAAAGUCACCCAGAACCUGGCCAACUUUGCCAAGUUCGGCAGCAAGGAAGAGUACAUGUCAUUCAUGAACCAGUUCCUGGAGCACGAGUGGACCAACAUGCAGCGCUUCCUGCUGGAGAUCUCCAACCCCGAGACCGUCUCCAACACGGCCGGCUUCGAGGGCUACAUCGACCUGGGCCGCGAGCUCUCCAGCCUGCACUCGCUGCUCUGGGAGGCCGUCAGCCAGCUGGAGCAGAGCAUCAUAUCCAAGCUGGGGCCUCUGCCUCGAAUCCUGAGGGACGUCCACACAGCUCUGAGCACCCCGGGCAGUGGGCAGCUUGCAGGGACCAAUGACUUGGCCUCUACGCCUGGAUCCGGCAGCAGCAGUGUCUCGGCUGGGCUCCAGAAGAUGGUGAUCGAGAACGACCUCUCUGGUCUGAUAGAUUUCACCCGGUUACCGUCUCCAACCCCCGAAAACAAGGACUUGUUUUUUGUCACAAGGUCCUCCGGGGUCCAGCCCUCACCUGCCCGCAGCUCGAGUUACUCGGAAGCCAACGAGCCCGAUCUUCAGAUGGCCAACGGCGGCAAGAGUCUGUCCAUGGUGGACCUCCAAGACACCCGCGUGCUGGAUGGGGAGGCAGGCUCCCCAGCGGGCCCCGACGCCCUCGCCGCCGAUGGCCAAGCGCCCGCGACUCAGCUGGUGGCCGGGUGGCCAGCCCGGGCGGCCCCCGUGAGCCUGGCAGGGCUGGCCACAGUGCGGCGGGCAGGCCAGACGCCCACCACGCCGGGCACGUCGGAGGGCGCGCCGGGUCGGCCCCAGCUCCUGGCACCACUAUCCUUCCAGAAUCCCGUGUACCAGAUGGCGGCCGGCCUGCCACUGUCUCCCCGCGGCCUCGGCGACUCGGGCUCCGAGGGCCACAGCUCCCUGAGCUCCCACAGCAACAGCGAAGAGCUGGCAGCUGCCGCCAAGCUGGGCAGCUUCAGCAGCAGCGGCGCCGCAGCCGCCCCCGAAGACCUGGGCCGGCGCCCCGGGGAGCUGGCACGGCGGCAGGUGUCGCUGACCGAGAAGGGUGGGCAGCCCACGGUGCCACGGCAGAACAGUGCCGGCCCCCAGCGGAGGAUCGAUCAGCCGCCGCCACCACCCCCGCCGCCGCCCCCCGCACCCCGAGGCCGGACGCCGCCCACCCUGCUGAGCACCCUGCAGUACCCACGGCCGUCGAGCGGGACGCUGGCCUCGGCCUCGCCCGACUGGGCUGGGCCCGGAGCGCGGCUGCGGCAACAGUCCUCGUCCUCCAAGGGCGACAGCCCUGAGCUGAAGCCUCGAGCCGUGCACAAGCAGGGCCCUUCACCCGUGAGCCCCAAUGCCCUGGACCGCACGGCUGCCUGGCUCUUGACCAUGAAUGCACAGUUGUUAGAAGACGAGGGCCUGGGCCCAGAUCCCCCGCACAGGGAUAGGCUAAGGAGUAAGGAGGAACUCAGCCAAGCGGAAAAGGAUCUGGCAGUGCUGCAGGACAAGUUGCGAAUCUCCACCAAGAAGCUGGAGGAGUAUGAGACCCUGUUCAAGUGCCAGGAGGAGACGACCCAGAAGCUGGUGCUGGAGUACCAGGCACGUCUAGAGGAGGGCGAGGAGCGGCUGCGGCGGCAGCAGGAGGACAAGGACAUCCAGAUGAAGGGCAUCAUCAGCAGGUUGAUGUCAGUGGAGGAGGAGCUGAAGAAGGACCAUGCGGAGAUGCAAGCAGCUGUAGACUCCAAACAGAAGAUCAUUGAUGCUCAGGAGAAGCGCAUCGCCUCACUGGACGCAGCCAACGCGCGCCUCAUGAGCGCCCUGACGCAGCUCAAAGAGAGGUACAGCAUGCAAGCCCGUAACGGCCUCUCCCCCACCAACCCCACCAAAUUGCAGAUUACUGAAAACGGCGAGUUCCGAAACAGCAGCAAUUGUUAACCUGCCCGAGGAGGGGAGGACUCUGGUGGCCCAGGGCGGGGUCUCAGCCUGGGGAGGAGCAGCGCCGGGGGCCCAGAGGCCGAGGCUCGCCUCCCCCCCUCCACCCGCGGCCCAGGAGGCGGCUGCAGAGGGAGCCGCGAGAGACUGACGCAGUGCAAGCGGGGGACACCGGCCCGCUCCCCCAAGAAGCGUGUUGGGCGCAGGCUGGGGAGUGGGUGCAGCCUAGCGCGGGCAGGGGCCUGCCGCAGUGUCUGUUUUGGGUGUUGAACUUGGUGCGCGUCCCCUUUCCUCCUUCACCUGGCUGAGUGCAUGUACCCCCGCCCCGACGCACCACCUCCUCCACACAGGGGGAGCCGCCCGGAGAGUUGGAGGGUCAGAGAGCCAGGGGUCUCCUGCCGUGGCUUCCCCUCGCCUCCCAGAGACCCAGGACUCCCGGGCAGCCAGGCGCUGCCCUGUGGGACCUGUCGCUCCGUUCCAGAAGCCGACAGGGUGGUCAGCAGGCAGACAGAGGGUGGGGAGGAUGGAGCUGCCAGAGCGCUGUGUCCCCCCGCCUGUCUCCACCCUGAUCACCUGCCAAUGCAUGCUUGGGGCCCCCUCCUGGCUGUGCGGAGCCGAGGCAUCACCCCCACACCUGUCCCCAGCCCCUCGGCCCGCCCCCUCCCGCCCGAACUCUGUCAGAUAGACAGUCUAUAGACCCAGUGAGGAUCUCAGCUCUUCCUUCUGGGCCCUCGUACCCAUGGGAAGAUCAGAGCCUCCCUCACUUGCCACAGGGGCCCAGGCUGAUGUGCUGGGCUCCCCGCCGAAGCCAAAGAUCUGGGCAGAGCUGGCCCAGGUGGCACCGUAGCAGUGGCCGCCUGUCUCCCAGAGCUUGCGUGCCCACACGGUGGCCCCGCAGGGAGUAGCCAGCAGGUACACCCCACCCCACCCCACCCCCGCCCUCCCGAGAGACAGGCUGAGCUUUCCUGGUGGAUGGUUAGAAAAAGAAUUCUAGUGCCCACAGGCCCUGAGAAGGUGGAUAACUGUGAUUUUUUUUCCUUUCACAGUAUGCAUUAGAAACAAAAGCCCGCUUGCUCGCUUGCUGGAACACAGGGGCCUUUUAAAUUGAGCGUGCGCACUGCAUGGGAAAUAGCGGCCCUGGAGGAUGUUAGACUUGCUCCCUCUCCAAGACCGCGGCAGCCUGCACCCGCCCCCUUGCGUGCAGCCGGCCUCUGCCUCACCCUCCCGGGCCCACCGAGGACCCAGGCGCUGCAGACAGGGGAAGGGAGGGGCCCACCCACGGCUGGGGCCGGUUUCCCUCAGCCCCAGGCUGUUCUGUAGCUUGUGGGCCCUCCCCACUGCCCCCCGCUCCCACCCUUGCGGGACAUAAGUGGGCAGGAACUUGGGUCUCUCUCGUCCUUGUUCCCACCCCUGACCCUAGGGAAUCUUGGGACCAGAGCUGGGGCAUCCAUCCUGCAGCCAGGAGCCACCCCGACUGCCUUCAGCCGUGGGAAAGCUGGGGAGUCACCCCUUCCUGCCUUUGGGGCGGGAGCCGCUCCACCAGGACCCAGAGUUGGGGAGCAACAGGGGCUGGGUGGCUCAGACCACACUGCACCCCAUCCUGGGGUGGAACCUGCAGCUCAGUUAGCCCAGAGACCUGCUGGUGGGGAGAGGUCAGGACCCCCCGAAAGGUCACAGACCUCAGGAAGGCAGGCCGUGGCGGGUGGAGGCUCUGCCCCACUCCUCUGGCCGCAUAGGCAAGGCCUGGCCCCAGGGACGUCAGCCUCUGGUUCCGACGCACCCCUCUUCUGCCUGGCGAAUGCUCCCCACCCGCCCCCCACCCCUCUCCCGCGGAUGCCUCGUUGAGCGUUGAGCGACCUCGGAUUGAACCGAGCGCCUCUUAGCAAUACAGGGGGAGGGUCCCAGGGCCUGCACAGCCAGGCUCCGGAGGCCGGUGCUGGCGGCCCUUGGCCUGGGUUGCGAGCUCUCGGGCAGAGAGCCUUAUCUACUUAGUGCAAAAACUGUAAAAGUGUACAGACUCUCCACAGAUUUUUAUCUGAACUGCAAGUCUGACGAUUUUUGUAAAUGUUCUUGGUGUUUGACUGUAAUGUAACUAUUUCACCCCAUGGUUGUACAUAGUCCUUCAGUCCUGGUGCUGCCGAGGGCUGCCCGGGACCGCUGCUCUCUGGCGGUUUUUUAUUUUAUUUUUAAUCUAGAUGACAGUAUUGGGCAGGAGGCAGAGGUCAGAGGUCGGGGAUCUGGGGGUUGGGGUUUUGCAGUGUGCUGUCUGGGUGGCUGGGGAAUGCGCUCCCCCUCUGGGUCACCCUGAACCCGCGCCCCUGAGGGAGGGAUUGGGGGGACAGGGGUCCCAAGCCCAGUGCACCCCCACCCCCACCACCAGAGAAGGCUGUCCCCCGGCCCUCUCCUGCCAACAGAGAGGCCUGACUUUCCGCCUAACUUUUAUGUUUAGGGUGAAGGAAACUGCCAAACUUCCUUUGAGUGAAAACUCUUUCCAACCGCCUAGAAUGAGGGUGGGGAACCCAGGGCAGAGCUCCAGGCGACCCCCACCCUGCAGAGCAUCUGCCCCGGUGUAUACCUCUCACCCCCUCCCACCCCAUCCGUCUGCGUAAGGCAGACCCCAGGGAAACAGCCCCUCUUUUUCUACACACUCUCCCAGCUCCCCCAGCCCCACUCCACCUCCCACCCCACCUUUUGUAAGUAUGUGAAAAGGAAAAAAAUGCAAACGUUGGAGUCUUGGCCAGAGUGCCUCCCUCCAGCUGUGACUCUAACUAUGUAAUAAUGUACAGAGAAAGUUGUUGGUGUUCUAAGACUGUGUGGCUGUGCAAUUUCUGUACAUUUGCAAUUAGAAAUAUUAAAGAUUUAUUUAGCUAUUUUAA